AUGAUCGAAAAAAAAAAUAUUUAUUUGACAGGGCUUCUUCCUAUACAAAUAAAUUCCAUUGGAUCCGGCAAUGAUAGAUUGGAAGACUCAAAAGAUUCGUUCAAUAUCAAUAGGUUGAUUGUUCCGCUCCUGUCUGGUCCAAAAGAAAAAAAGAUCUCUGAUCGCUCUUUUUUCUCGGACAGAUGGUCCCAACUUCAUCUGGAUUUGAAUCCUACUGAGAAGUCCGCUCAAGAUCUUCAAUUAUUAAAGAAAGAAGAAGAUGUUUCUUUUGUUCUUUGGAGGAAAUUGGAAAAGAAAGAACUAGCCAAUAUAGUCAAGAUAAUCAUGUAUUUACAAAAUAAUGUCUCAAUUCAUCCUAUUUCAUCCGAUGGAGGAUGUGAUAGGAUUGCAAAGGAGAAACUUUUGACAGUUCAAAAUAAUAAUUCAUUCUUGACCAAAAAUCUAGUUUUUGGUUUAUUUCAUCUAUUCCAUGACCAGAAUAGGGGGGGGUACUUGUUACAUCGCAAUUUUCAAUCAGAAGAGAGAUUUCAAGAAAUGGCAAAUCUAUUUAAUCUAUCACUAACUAAGCCGGAUCUGGUCUAUCGUAAUGGAUUCUCUUUUUCUAUUGGGUUUUCUGAACCGGAAUCAAAAAAAAAAUCUUUAUUGGUUCUGCCGCGGCUUUUUGACGAAGCGAAUGAAUCUUUUUAUCCAAAGAUCAUAAAAAAAUGGGUCCAGACCUCUUGUGGGAAUUAUUUUCAAGGUAAUCGAUUCAAUCGCAACUUCGAAUAUGUACUUCAAAGGUAUCAAAAUGAUAUUCUGAAUCAUAGACCUAUAAGGAAACACACGAUCAAUCAACGUUUCUCAAAUUUGAAAAAGAGUCAGAAGAAAUGCUUUGAUCGUCUUAUUUUUAUUUAUCGAACCGAGAGAUCCGUGAAUAAGGAUCCAAAUGCAUAUAAAUACAAAUGGUCCAAGGGGAGCACAAAUUUCCAGGAACAUUUGGACCAUUUCAUUUCUGAGCAGAAUAGUCGUUUUAAAGUAGUGUUCGAUCGAUUACAUAUGAAUGCAUAUUCGAUUGAUUGGGCUGAGGUUAUCGACAAAAAAGAUUUUUCUAAGUCACUUUGUUUCUUUUUGUCCAAGCUUCUUCCCUUUUUGUCUAACUCACUUCCUUUUUUCUUUGUGAGUUUCGGGAGUAUGCCCGUUCAUAGGUCCCAGAGCCAUAUGUAUGAAUUGAAACGUAUGAAUGAUGCACUCGAGAAUCAGUUGUUAGAAUCAAUAGGUCUGCAAACGGUUCAUUUGAAAAAAAGGAAAUCCCCAUUAUUGGAUGACUAUUAUACUUCUCAAAAAUCAAAAUUCUUGAUCAAUGAAGGAACAAUAUUACCAUUUUUGUUCAAUAAGAUACCAAACCAAGACAAUUGGCUGAAUCCUGUGAAAUGUUUUCAUAGAAGUUCAUUGAUUUCCUCUUUUUAUAAAGUAAAUCGACUUCGAUUCUUGAAUAAUCAAUAUAACUUCUCUUUCGAUUGUAACAAAAGAUUCUCUUUUUAUGGGGAAAGGUCCUAUAAUUAUGAUUUUAUGUAUGAACAAUUCCUCAAUGUCUUGUUCAUUCGAAAGAAAAGAUUUUCUUUGUGCGGCGGUAAAAAAACACAUGCUUUUUUGGACAGAGAUACUAUUUCACCAAGCGAGUUAGAGGUCUCUAAGAUAUUGAGACCGAAGAAUUUUCCGCAAAGUGGUGAUGACGGAUAUGACUUGUACAAAUCUUUCCAUUUUUCAACUCGUGUUCCUAGAUCUAUUUACUCGAUCGCGGACAUUUCUGGAACACCUCUAACAGAGGAAGAAAUAGUGAAUUUGGAAAGAACUUCUUGUCAACCUCUUUCCCCUAUUAAUUUAUCUGAUUCAAAAAGGAAGAACUUGCAUCAGUAUCUUGAUUUCGAUUCAAACAUGGGUUUGGGUUUGCUUGACACUCUAUAUUCUGAAAAAUUUAUACCAUCCGCAAAGAGGAAAAAACCUCUAAAAAAAUUCCUUGGAAAAGGGCAGAUGUAUAGAAACUUUCAAAGAAAAAGAAAAAGAAAGAGUAUUUCUUCAAUUCUCUCCAAAUUGAAGCGAUUACGCCCGUAUAUAAUACCGUUGUUCCUUACCUGGACAGGGCACAAAUAUAUCAAUUUCAUAUUUUUAGAUACUCUUUCAGACCUAUUUGCGAUACUAAGGAGGAGUCCUCAAUUUAAAAAAUUUGUAUCUAUUUGGCAGAAUAUUAUGCAUGGAUCCAAGGGAAGUCUUCGGAAAAAACUGUGGGGAAUUCUUCGGAAAAAACUGUGUCUUUCACAACGGAAUCGUAUAAGUGAGAUUUCGAGUAAGUCUUUCCAUAAUUUUCUUGUAGACAUGUACAAAGAUCUUUUUCACACAAAUAAUGAGUCACCAUUCAUAUCGACACAUCUGAGAUCACGAAAUAUUGAGGAGUUCCUGGUUUCAAUCCUUUUACUUCUUCUUGUUACUGGAUAUCUUGUUUAUACACAUCUUUUCUUUGUUUCUCGCUUCUCUAAUGAGUUACAGACAGAGUUCGAACAGGUCAAAUCUUUGAUGAUUCCAUCCUACAUCAUUGAAUUGCGAAAACUUCUGGAUAGGUAUCCUCUAUCAGAACAAAAUUCUUUCUGGUUAAAGGAUAUCUUUGGAGUUGCUCGAGAACAAUUAGGAAAUUUUUUAGAAGAAAGGCGAGGUUGGCCUUCUGGCGGGGACAUCCCAAGGGGUGGUGGUUUCGCUGAUGGGGUCAAAUCCAUACGUUCGAAGAAGAACGGUUUUAAUCUCAUGGAUCUCAUAAGUAUUAUACCAAAUCCCAUCAAUCGAAUCGCGUUUUUGAGAAAUACGAGACAUUUAAGUCAUACAAGUAAAGCAAUCUAUUCAUUGAUAAGGAAAAGAAAAAACAUGAAUAGUAAUUGGAUUGAUGAUAAAAUAGAAUCCUGGAUCUCGACUAGUGAUUUCAUUGCUGAUAAAGAAAGAGAAUUCUUGGUUCAGUUCUCUACCUUAACGACAGAAAAAAGGCUGGAUCAAAUUUUAUUGAGUCUGACUAAUAGUGAUCAGUUAUCAAAGAAUAACUCUGGUUAUCAAAUGAUUGAGCAACCAGGAACAAUUUACUUACGAUAUUUAAUUGACAUUCAUAAAAAGGAUCUGAUGAAUUAUGAGUUCAAUACAUCCUGCUUAGCAGAAAGACGGGUAUUCCUCGCUCAUUAUCAGACAAUCACUUAUUCAGAAAUCCCGUGUGGGGCUAGUUGUUUGGAUUUAUCAUCUCAUGGGAAACCCUUUUCGCUACGCUUAGCCCUAUCCCCUGCUAGGGGUAUUUUAGUGAUAGGUUCGAUAGGAACUGGACGAUCCUAUUUGCUCAAAUAUCUAGCGACAACCACCUAUGUUCCUUUCAUUACAGUAUUUGUAAACAAGUUCCUGGAGAACUUUCCUAAGGGUUUUGAUAGUGAUGAUAGUGAGGACGACAUGUUUGAUGAAAGAGAGGGUACCAUUUACAGUCUUUUACCUAAUAACGAGGGUAGUUGCUAUAAUUCCGAGAAUUAUGAAAGGGAUGAUAGUGACGAUCUCGACCGUAAGCUUGAUAGCCAGUUGAAGUUUCUAAGUAUGGAGGAUCCGGUAUCUAGCGAUCUGAUGGAAAUAGACCGGUUUUAUCUCACGCUUCAAUUCGAAUUAGCAAAAGCAAUGUCUCCUUGCAUAAUUUGGAUUCCAAACAUUCAUGAUCUGGAUAGGAAUGAGUCGAAUGACUUAUCGCUGGGUAUAUUAGUGAACUCUCUUUCCAGCGAUUCGGAAAAAGGUUCUACUAGAAAUAUUCUAGUUAUUGCUUCUACUCAUAUUCCAAAAAAAGUAGACCCUGCUUUAAUAGCUCCGAAUAAAUUAAAUACAUGCAUUAAGAUACGAAGGCUUCUUAUUCCACAACAAAGAAAGCACUUUUUUACUCUUUCAUAUACUAGGGGAUUUCACUUGGAAAAGCAAAUAUUCGAUACUAAUGGAUUGGGGUCUAUAACUCUGGGUUCUAAUGUACGAGAUCUUGUAGCACUUACUAAUGAGGCGCUAUCGAUUAGUAUUAUACAAAAGAAAUCUAUUAUAGACACUAAUAUAAUUAGAUCUGCUCUUCAUAGACAAACUUGGGAUUUUAGAUCUCAGAUAAGAUCGAUUCAGGAUCAUGGGAUCCUUUUUUAUCAGAUAGGGAGGGCUGUUUCACAAAAUCUACUUCUAAGUAAUUGCUCUAUCGAUCCUAUAUCUAUCUAUAUGAAGAAGAAAUCAUGUGCAGAGGGGGAUUCUUAUUUGUACAAAUGGUACUUCCAACUUGGAACAAGCAUGAAGAAAUUAACCAUACUUCUUUAUCUUUUGAGUUGUUCUGCCGGAUCGGUCGCUCAAGAUCUUUGGUCUCUACCCGGACCUAAUGAAACAAAUGAUGGGAUCACUUCUUAUAGACUCCUUGAGAAUGAUUCUGAUCUAGUUCAUGGGCUAUUAGAAAUAGAAGGUGCUCUGCUGGAACCCUCACAGACAGGAAGUCGGUUUGAUAAUGAUGGCGUGACAUUGCUUCUUCGGUCCGAACCAAGAAAUCCCUUAAAUAUGAUUCAAAAUGGGUCUUCUUCUAUCGUUGAUCAGAGAUUUCUCUAUGAAAAAUAUGAAUCGGGGUUCGAAGAAGGGGAAGGAGUCUUCGACCCGCAACCGCUAGAGGAGGAUUUAUUCAAUCACAUACUUUGGGCUCCGAGACUGUGGCGCCCUUGGGGCUUUCUCUUUGACGAAGGGUCCAAUGAAUUGAGAUUUCCCUAUUGGGAAGGGUCAUUUCAGGACAAACCGAUCCUUGAUGAUUAUGAUGAAGAGGGUAAGCUUCAAGAGAAUGAUAAUGAUUCGCAGUUCUUGCAGGAUGGAAUCAUGCAGGACCAGACACGAGCGAGAUUUUCCAACGAACAGGGCUUUUUUCGAAUAAGCCAAUUCAUUUGGGACCCCGCAGAUCCACUGUUUUUGCUAUUCCAAGAGGAUCCUUUUGGAUCUGUAUUUUCACAUCAAGAAUUUUCUCCAGAUGAAGAGAUGUCAAGGAUACUUUUGACUUCCCAAACCCAAAAAAUUGAUUGGAAAUAUCUAAAUAAACCCUGGUUUAGGAAGAAUAUGCAAGAACAGAAUUUCAAAUUGUUGAUUGAUCGCCAGAGAUGGUUUAGAACCAAUAGUUCAGUAUCAAAUGAAUUUUUUCGUUCUAAUACUCUAUACGAGAGUUAUCAAUAUUUAUCAAAUCUGUUCCUAUCUAACGGAACCCUAUUGGCUCAACUCACAAAGACAUUGUUGAGAAAAAAAUGGCUUUUCCCAGACGAGAUGGUUGUGACUAUCUGUUCCAAUAACGAACGAUUGGUUUAA